AUGACCGCCCCAGAGAUCCUUAUCGAGGAUCGAGAAUUCUGGAAUCAGUUCAUCGAUCUGUAUCGGAACUUACCGGAGCUGUGGUCAAAACCAACGAAUAGCGAACAGAAGCAAGUUUCCAAAAACUUGCGGGAUCGCGCGUACGCCAUACUGCUGAGGAAAUUUCGCGAGAUCGAUCCAAGUGUAACGGUUGACUCCAUCAAAGCCGUACUAAAGCAGUUACGGUCUACGUAUCGGGCAGAAUUGAGCAAAAAGCUGCAAUAUACGCGGAAUGCCACAACCGGUUGCACCAUACCGUGCAGCCCUUCACCGUGGUACGUGGAUGCGUUGAGUUUUCUGAAGUCACCAAAUUCGGAUCGUCCAGACGAUAGCAAUGACUACAUCGUGACUACGCACAGCGAUCAGGUUACCGAUGGUGUACGGGAAGAUCUGAGGCUCUACUGCAAGUCUUUGACAAACGAGUUCCUAAAACUCUCCGAUACACAACUACGAUACGCACAAGCUCACGUCGAGCGCAUUCUGAGGGGUGCACAGUUAGGGGCACUAUCCAGCGAUUGGCCGAAAACCGAUCCGAGCUUAGAAGAAGUUUCAUAUCGCACUCCAGAGCCGAGCGACAUGACAGAGAAUGGCGAGACUUCUACGCUCGACACAAACGAAACGCCUAAGGCCAAGGGCCAGAUGCAAUCGACAGCAAGAAAGGCGUCCCAUGAAGCCACAAUGAUUGAUUCCAAACAUUUCAUGAUCGUAAGGCUUCCAUCGGGAACUGCAUUGCGGCGUCAGUGUACUGCACACAAAUCAUCUUACAUUGAUAACGUAGUGGUCAACUAUAGCGAAACAGAAUUUUUGGAGAACUUUCGUAUUGGGCGAAACACGGUUCACAAACUCUGUCAGCAUCUGGCGAAGAUGGGUUGCUUCCAACAGGCCAAAGGACAUGGUGGAUAUGCAGCGAUUGGUGUGGAAACAAAUGUCCUUGCGUUUUUAUGGUUCUUGGGACAGGAAAAGGCCCAUUACCGCGAUGUGGCCGAACGAUUCGAUCUGUCCCUAAGCUGUUUACACGAUGUUAUCUGGCGAGUGUGUGACGCGUUGCUCUUACUCAAACCAACCGUAUUUGUACGACCGAACGAGAAUCGGAAACAACUGCUGGUGGACCAUUUUGCCAAGUUGUGCGCCAUACCUGGAGUGAUUGGCGUUGUGGAUGGAACGCACAUACGUAUUGAUAAACCGAGCGAAAAUCCCAACACUUACUUGAUGCACAAACGGUAUUACUCACUGCAGUUGCAAGCGAUCUUCGACGAGAACAAGCAGUUCGUAGACGUGUUUGUAGAUUAUCCCGGUGAGCCGGAUCUGCUGACAGCGGUGCGUGAACUGUGCACCGAUCAGUAUUGCAUUCUUGGCAGUGAUUCUUAUCCAUGCCUUCCACAACUGCUGGUACCCUACCGCGGCGUGGCAGAACCAUUGACCGAGGGCCAAAUCAUGUUCAAUGCUCAACUUGCGGCAGUGCAGAAGGUGUAUGCGAACACGUUUACAAUGGUAAAGCAACGCUUUCGCCAACUUUACCACCUGAAAAGUCGCCAGCUGUCGAACGUGGUGAAGUUAAUUAAGGUUUGUUGCAUGCUGCACAAUCUGGCCCCUCCGGAGGAAAUGGCAUUGCUCGGGCGGAACAAUACACAACAGAAAAUUCCCUUCAGCGACACGGGGUACGUAUUUACGUACGCCUCCAAGUCCGAAGCGAUACUUGAACUCGGCAAACAGAAACGAGAGCAGAUUUGUGCAUAUCUGCAAACAGACGCUUCUCGCUGAA